UUUCUUCGAUGGUCUGUCCUGUCUCUGUCUACUGCUGCUCCCGUUUUGUUUACUUCGGUGUUACGAUCAUCAUAGAUUUCUGUAGCAUUAAAUAAAAAUAAUGGCAAACAGACAAUUAUUGUUACCAUCUGGAUUUCCAAGAGCCCCUCUUGGGAAUGGUGUUGGGCGUUUUAUGUGCCAAUUGAAAAGAGUAACUUUAAAGUUCUGCAAAGAAAGAGGUGAUAGUAGGGGUAUGAGAGAUUUUCUUGAGCAUGAUUUGGUUGAUUUUGCAACUAAACAUCCAAGCGUUGUAGUAUAUGUCAAGCCUAGGAGACACCGAUCAUCUGUUAUUAAGGGGGAAUACUGUAAUGGAAAAGAUUUUUGGAUAUCAGCACACAAAAUGAACCGUGAAGAAAUUCAGAAAUGGUUGCACUUAGCUACAACUCAGAAUGAUGGAGAGGAGUUUCGUCUUCGUAAAAUGAUGCAUACAGACAAUCCUUCUAUUCAAGGUCCCUGGACGCCCUUCACGCACAGGGACCCAAAACUAAACAACUCAUCAUUCCCUCUUGAGGAGCUCUCUGAGCCAGUGUUUGUCCCAAAAUCAGCAACACAACAAUUAAUUGAGAUUUUUAAUGAGCAACAAAGGACUGCGAGACAUCUUGAAGAAAAACAAGGAGAGUGAAACAGUUGGUUAUCUUUUUGAGAUCUCAUUAUUAAAGUUUGUUUGUGAAGCUGUA